CUUAAAUGUCAAAAUGGUCUUAUUAAUCGAAUGGAAGGAUGCUGUCUUGAUGACAUAGUUUUUGUGUAUAGUUAUCGCCAUUUGAGAGUAGAUAAUAGAUAUAAAAGUAAUCGUAUUCAUUUAUUCCUUAGUGUGCGUACUUGUAAGUAAUUUAGGUCAGUUUGAAAAAAAUGUGAAAUUAAAGCGAAAUGUAUUCAGCAAUACAUGUGCUACAAUUGCCAAAUAUCCAACUUAUUGGAAUUAGGACUUUUUUGGCAGUUUAUUUUAGAAGCGUCUAUUUAACUAGCAAGGAAUGGAUAAAUAUAACUUUAAAAGCAUUGUGUUAUAUUUCAACUUUUUACAUCAAUUCGGGAGGCUUUUAAACAAAUAUAACCAGAUAGGUACAGUUUUAUGUUAUGUAUGCUGCUUCAGAGAUUGGGGCCCUAGAUCAUAUUCAACCGUUAAUGCUAUCUAAUUAUAAUGUGCAAUCAAACUAGUGAAUACCCUACAUUUUGAAGAAUCUGAAUUGUUGUGAGCUGAAAGCUGCACACAAUGGCAUCAGCUCGUGAUGGACGCAGCAGCUCGGCUUCAUCUCAAAGUGGCAGCAAUAUUCCAUCUCACCGAGGAUCUAUUCGCACUCCUAAACGACCACGUCCUCAGAAUGCGGUAUAUGAAGACAGAAGUGUCGAUUUUUCUUGCCCUAUUUGCUUCAAUUUAAUCGAAGAGGCUCAUAUUACCAAGUGCGGCCAUACGUACUGCUAUGACUGUCUCAGAAAAACUCUGGAGACUGUAAAAGUGUGUCCAAAAUGCGGCAAAGCCAUAACGACGAACGAUGUAUUUCCAAAUUUCCUACUAAACGAUCUGAUUAAGAAGCAUAAGGCGCGAACUAAUGGCUACGAAGCCUUUGGAAUGAAUCGCGACAGUUCAGGAGAAUUAAGUUCUGGAACCGACGGUUUGCGUGAAUUUGUAGCGACCGAGUCACACAAUUUAACUCUGCCAGACGUUAAUGUCAUGCUCGAGAUUCUCACACAACGAAAGCAGCUGUUAGAGGCCCAAUCCCAUGCUUCACAAAAUCGACUUUUGUUGGAAUUUCUCAAACAUUUACUUAAACAGAAAAAGGAGAAACAAUCGCAGAUAAUCAAGGAAAUAUCAGUCAUCGAACGGGAUGUUGAAGAGGUCGCCAAUAAACUUAAGGAGGUUCACAGCAAAUGUCCUACGCUUGAAGAUGUAGAAAGAACCACGGCUGGGGCUUCUGAAUCUGAUGCGUCCACAGUAAAUGCAAUGAAAAAAGAAAUGAUUGAAAUUAUCGACAAUAUUGGUUCAUCUACUGGUAGAAGAGAAGAAACCCCAUUGUGUGAAACUCCAUCGCGCCAAUCCGCGUCUUUAGCUGUACGACGCAGGCGAAUGCAUGCUUACUUUGAUGAUUUUGUAGACUGCUACUUCUCAUCGAAAUCCAAAGACUUGAUUUUCGGUAAAGAUCCACUGGACAAGGUGAAGUCCAGUAGCGUUUUGGACGAAUUCCGAGAAAGUCUGAUCAAAUUUUCAGCCUACAACACAAUGCGUGUUCUCACUUCUCUCAAUUACUCGAACGAUUUAUUUAACAAUUCUACAAUCGUUUCUAGCAUCGAAUUUGACAAAGAUAACGAAUUCUUUGCCAUCGCCGGUGUUACAAAACGCAUUAAAGUGUUUGAUUACGGUGCAGUAAUGAAAGAUGUGGUAAGCAUUCAUUAUCCCUGCCUGGAGAUGACUUCUCGGUCGAAGAUUUCGUGUAUCAGUUGGCAUAAUUAUCACAAAAGCACAUUGGCAUCAAGUGACUAUGAGGGAACCGUUACGAUUUGGGAUGCGUCGUCGGGUCAGAGAACUAAAACGUACCAGGAACACGAAAAGCGGUGCUGGAGUGUAGAUUUCAAUUGUGUGGACACACGGCUUGUUGCAUCAGGAUCUGACGACGCGAGAGUAAAAUUAUACUCGUUGAAUGAAGAGCAUUCUGUCGCAACACUUGAAGCUAAAGCCAAUGUGUGUUGCGUAAAAUUUAACCCAAAAAGUUCGUCUCAAUUGGCGUUUGGAAGUGCGGAUCAUUGCGUUCACUAUUACGACCUGCGGAACAUGAAAGAAGCAGUACACAUCUUUAAGGGCCACAAGAAAGCUGUCAGCUAUGUAAAGUUUCUGAAUGGCGAGCAUAUUGUCUCCGCAUCCACCGACUCGCAGUUGAAGCUGUGGAACGUAGAGACUCCGCAUUGUCUUCGAUCUUUUGUGGGACAUGUAAACGAGAAAAACUUUGUUGGUCUUGCGACCGAUGGUGACUUUAUCGCUUGUGGUUCUGAGAACAAUUCAUUGUAUGUUUAUUACAAAGGGUUGACCAAAAAACUGUUUCAGCACAAAUUUGAAACCGUCGAGGGCGUAUUGGAUCCCGAAAGACGCGAAGAUGAUUCGAAUGAGUUUGUUUCGGCUGUGUGCUGGAAACAGCAGUCCAAUGUGCUACUGGCAGCAAACAGUAGAGGUGUCAUUAAUAUUUUAGAAUUGGUGUAACUGUGAUUAGUUAUUGUUUGGGCACCGUUGCUUUCUGCAUUGCCAGAUGUGAACGCUGGAUUAUGUAUAUAUUAUCUAUAUAUGCUUCAUGGUAAUAAUACCUGUAUAUUUGAAAGUGUCAUAAUAGUGUAAAGUUAUGCUAUUAUGUGAUUGGUAACCUAAUUAAAUUUAGUUGAUAUAA